CUGCCUGGUCGGCAUCGGGUCUGGUUCCUUUUCGCCUUAGACCCGCCAUCGUGCGAGUGAAGUUUUUUUUGUGAGCCGCAGGACCACUUAAAAAACUUCAAAAUGGUGAACUUCACAGUCGACGAGAUUCGUGCGCUGAUGAACAAGAAGAAAAAUAUUCGGAACAUGUCCGUGAUUGCCCACGUCGAUCACGGCAAAUCCACCCUCACCGAUUCGCUCGUGUCGAAAGCCGGAAUUAUCGCCGGAGCAAAGGCUGGAGAGACUCGGUUUACCGACACGCGAAAGGAUGAACAAGAGCGUUGCAUCACCAUCAAGUCGACGGCUGUGUCUAUGUACUUCGAGCUAGCAGAAAAGGAUCUUGCCUUUAUCAAAGGCGUUGACCAGUGUGAGAAGGGCGUUAAGGGCUUCUUGAUCAACCUGAUCGAUUCACCCGGCCACGUCGACUUCUCAUCUGAAGUAACGGCCGCUCUCCGAGUCACGGACGGUGCCUUGGUUGUAGUAGAUUGCGUAUCUGGUGUGUGCGUGCAGACCGAAACCGUACUACGACAAGCUAUUGCCGAACGUAUUAAGCCAGUUCUGUUCAUGAACAAGAUGGAUUUGGCACUGCUCACCCUGCAGCUCGAGGCUGAGGAUCUUUAUCAAGGUUUCCAGCGUAUCGUUGAAAACAUCAAUGUCAUUAUUUCUACUUACGGUGACGAGUCCGGCCCAAUGGGCGACCUUAAGGUCGAUCCCGCUAAGGGCUCGGUAGGCUUCGGCUCUGGACUUCACGGAUGGGCUUUUACACUAAAACAAUUUGCCGAGAUCUAUGCUGGAAAGUUCGGUAUCGACGUCGAGAAACUGAUGAACAAGCUUUGGGGUGAGAACUUUUACAAUCCCUCCACCAAAAAAUGGGCCAAGACGCAGGGUGACGGAUUCAAACGAGCCUUUACAAUGUUUGUUUUAGAUCCAAUUUACAAAAUCUUUGAUGCUAUCAUGAACUAUAAAAAGGACGAGGCAGCCCGUCUGAUCGAGAAGCUCAACAUCAAACUGAAAGGUGAAGACAAAGACAAGGAGGGUAAAGAUCUGCUGAAGGUUGUCAUGCGUACCUGGCUACCCGCUGGAGACGCUAUGUUUGAAAUGAUUACCAUUCACCUGCCAUCACCGAUGACGGCUCAGCGUUACCGCAUGGAACUGUUGUAUGAAGGCCCUCAUGACGAUGAGGCCGCUAAGGGCAUCAAGGACUGCAACCCUGAUGCGCCCCUCAUGAUGUACGUGUCGAAGAUGGUACCGACGUCUGACAAGGGGCGCUUCUACGCUUUCGGUCGUGUCUUCUCCGGAAUCGUCAGCUCUGGCCAGAAAGUCCGCAUCAUGGGCCCUAAUUUUGUGCACGGCAAGAAGGAAGAUCUCGCAGAGAAGAGCAUUCAACGUACUGUGCUCAUGAUGGGUCGCUAUGUCGAACCCAUUGAAGACGUGCCGUGUGGUAACAUUUGUGGUCUGGUCGGAGUCGAUCAGUUCUUGGUCAAGACAGGGACCAUCACCACUUUCAAGGACUCGCACAAUAUGCGUGUAAUGAAAUUCUCUGUUUCGCCGGUCGUGCGCGUCGCCGUCGAGCCUAAGAACCCGGCCGACUUACCCAAGCUCGUCGAAGGUCUUAAGCGUCUCGCCAAGUCCGAUCCUAUGGUUCAAUGUAUUAUUGAGGAGUCUGGCGAGCACAUCGUUGCUGGAGCUGGUGAACUCCAUCUGGAAAUCUGUCUGAAAGAUUUAGAAGAAGAUCAUGCUGGUAUCCCUCUGAAAAAGACCGACCCCGUUGUGUCGUACAGAGAAUCGGUGUCCGAGGAGUCAGACAUUACUUGCUUGUCUAAAUCACCUAACAAGCACAACCGUCUGUUUAUGAAGGCCUGUCCCCUGGCGGAAGGUCUGUCUGACGAUAUCGAUAAAGGUGAAAUCAACCCACGUGACGACUUCAAAAUCCGUGCCCGUAAUCUCGUAGAGAAAUAUGAGUGGGACGCUACUGAGGCUAGGAAAAUCUGGGCCUUCGGUCCUGAGGGUACAGGUCCCAAUCUCCUUGUCGAUGUCACCAAAGGCGUGCAGUACCUUAAUGAAAUUAAAGAUUCCGUUGUCGCUGGCUUUCAAUGGGCAACCAAGGAAUCUGUCCUGUGCGACGAGAAUAUGCGUGGCGUUCGUUUUAACAUACACGACGUGACACUUCACGCUGACGCCAUUCAUCGUGGUGGUGGCCAAAUUAUCCCUACAGCUCGUCGAUGUCUAUACGCCUGUUUACUCACUGGCGCCCCACGUCUCAUGGAGCCCGUCUACCUCGUCGAGGUACAAUGCCCUGAAAAUGCUGUUGGAGGUAUCUAUGGUGUACUCAACAGGCGUCGUGGCCAUGUGAUCGAGGAGUCGCAGGUUGCUGGAACUCCAAUGUUCAUCGUUAAGGCUUACCUGCCUGUGAACGAGUCGUUCGGUUUCACCGCCGAUCUUCGCUCGAACACUGGCGGUCAAGCGUUCCCGCAAUGCGUGUUCGACCACUGGCAAAUCCUACCCGGAGACCCCCUGGACGGCAAGUCUCGCCCCUAUCAAAUCGUCAUGGAGACGAGAAAGCGCAAGGGACUCAAAGAGUCUCUUCCAGAGCUUGACAACUACCUAGACAAGAUGUAAGAAGGACCACGCUAGGUCUGGCAACCUCUUGAAGGGGAAGCGGCCAUAGCUCAACCAAGUAUCGUGUGAAGAAAGGACAAUUAUUACUCACUAUUACAUGUGGACAGUGGCAUCUGUCUACGCCUAAAAUGCUGCUGUUAGCACUAAUUGUCAAUUAUUUUACGUAAAAAAUAUGAAAAUAAUAAAUGAAUGGUGAAACGGACAUAGGCGGCGUGACAUAACACUGACGUACAACCCCCAUCCUGCGACGGGGUUGUGUUUUGUAAUGUUGAACGAUACACAUUAACAACAACGGAAAAGGUUCCAAUAAACAGACCACCCGACAACAGGUAGUUCUUAAUAUAUAUAUAUAUAUAUAUAUAUAUAUAUAUAUAUAUUAUA